AUGCUGGCGGGCAAGGUCGCCCUGGUGACGGGCUCCACGCAGGGCAUCGGCCUGGCCGUGCUCAGGGCCCUGUCCCAGGCGGGCGCGGACGUGGUCAUGCACGGGCUCGGCGACGCUGACCGAAUCAACGCCAGCGUCAAGGAGAUCAGGGCGGCAGCUGGACCCGACCGCCGCGUGGAGUACAGCGACGCGAACCUGCUGGCGCCGAGCGCCAUAAAGGAUAUGGUGGGGUGGGCCCAGCGGGAGAUGGGCGGCCUGGACAUCCUCGUCAACAACGCCGGCAUCCAGCACGUGGCUCCCGUCCAUGAAUUUCCGGAAGACAAGUGGGACGCCAUCCUGGCAACCAUCCUCUCUUCAACCUUCCACGCCACCAAGUGGGCCCUGCCGCGGAUGCUCGACCAGGGCUGGGGCCGGAUCAUCAACACGGGAUCCAUGCACGCCCUGGUGGCCUCGCCCUACAAGUCCGCCUACAACGCCGCCAAGCACGGCGUGGCGGGCCUGACGAAAACCGUGGCGCUGGAAACGGCGCGCAGCGGCGUUACGUGUAACUCCAUCUGCCCCGGCUACGUGCUCACGGACCUGGUGAGGAACCAGCUGGAGGCCACGGCCGCCGCGCGGGGCAUACCCAAGGAGAGGGUGGUCGAGGACGUGCUGCUGGCCGACCAGCCGACGAAGAAGUUCGUGGGCGCGGAGGACAUCGGGGCGCUGGCCGUGCACCUCUGCGGCCCAAACUCGGGGUCGAUCACCGGCGCGUGCCUGUCGAUCGACGGCGGUUGGACAGCCCGGUAG